UGGACCCCCCAGACCCACCACCCCAACCCCCCGCUGUCGUCCCGUCUCAGUGCUCCCCCCGCCCUCCCCCAGAAGAAGCGCCGCAGCACCCCGUCGCCCUUCCCCGACGGGGGCUCCAGGGUGCUGUAUGAGCGGUACCCCUCCCAAUAUGAUAACCUAUCAGAAGAGGAGCUGCACCCCACGCCGCCGUUCCCCCUCUUCACCCCCAUCUCCCCCAUGCCACAGACAAACGGGGGGGUGUUUGUCUCCCAGUACAUCACCGGCGAGAACGCAGAUGUUGCCUCUAGCCCCCCCCCACUACCAGAGAAAAAGAGCAGACACAUCCUCCAGUACAUGCAGUUUGUGGAGGACUACUCGGAGCCGCAGCCCUCCAUGUUCUACCAGAUGCCGCAGAGCGAGAGCAUCUACGAGCAGCGCAACAAGCGCUUCCAGGAGGUGUACUGCUUCAACGACUCCUUCAGCAGCACCGACUCGGUGCACGAGCCCGUGCUGCCCCCCGCUCUGCCGCCCAAACAGAGGCAGCUGGAAUCAAUCACAGCUGACGAUGUGCUCCAGGAUCCCUCCCCUCAGAUCCCCUCCACCAAUAGCAAAGAGGCUCUGGACAAGGAGAGGAGACAGAAGUCACCAGAGUCGGCUGGCAGCGAUGAGGAGGACGUGGACGAGCUCUCCCUCAUCGACCACAAAGAGAUCAUGAGCAGGAUAACACUAAAACAAGUGAAUGACGACGGGCCUGACGUCCGUGCUGGAUCGGGAGAUAUUCUAUUAGUGCACGCUACAGAAACAGACCGCAAAGAUCUUGUUUUGUACUGUGAAGCCUUUCUGACUACGUAUAGGACUUUUAUAACCCCAGAGGACCUCAUUAAGAAGCUACACUACAGAUACACCAGGUUCUGCCACAGCCCCGACACCUUCAAGAAGAGAGUCAGCAAAAACACCUUCUUCGUGCUGGUGAGGGUGGUGGACGAGCUGUGCCUGGUGGAGCUGACAGAGGACAUCCUGAAGCAGCUGAUGGACCUGGUGUUCACGCUUGUCUGUAACGGAGAGCUCAGCCUCGCGCGGGUCCUCCGGAAGAACAUCCUGGAUAAAGUGGAGCAGAGGAAGCUGCUGCGCUACACCAACUCCCUCAAACCGCUCGCUGCCCGGGGGGUCUCUGCAAGGCCAGGGACGCUCCAUGACUUCCGCAGUCACGAAAUCGCUGACCAGCUCACUCUCCUUGAUGCUGAGCUCUUCUAUAAGAUCGAGGUACUUGAGAUUCCAGAGGUGCUGCUCUGGGCGAAGGAGCAGAACGAGGAGAAGAGUCCGAACCUGACGCAGUUCACAGAGCACUUUAACAACAUGAGCUAUUGGGUCCGCUCUCUGAUCAUUCAGCAGGAGAAAGCCCAGGACAGAGAGAAGCUGCUUCUCAAGUUCAUUAAGAUCAUGAAGCACUUACGGAAGUUGAAUAAUUUCAACUCUUACCUGGCAAUCCUGUCCGCCCUGGACUCGGCGCCCAUCCGGAGGCUGGAGUGGCAGAAGCAGACCUCCGAGGGAUUGGAGGAGUACUGCACGUUGAUUGACAGCUCGUCGUCCUUCAGAGCGUACCGAGCUGCUCUCUCUGAGGUGGAGCCCCCCUGCAUCCCCUACCUGGGUCUCAUCCUGCAGGACCUGACCUUCGUCCACCUGGGGAACCCAGACUUCAUCGAGGGGAAGGUGAACUUCUCCAAACGCUGGCAGCAGUUCAACAUCCUGGACAGCAUGCGGCGCUUCCAGCAAGUGCAUUAUGAUCUGAAGCGCAACGAAGACAUCGUGUGCUUCUUCAACGACUUCAGCGACCACCUGGCGGAGGAGGCGCUGUGGGAGCUGUCGCAGAAGAUCAAACCCAGGAACAUCACCAGGCGCAAGACGGAGCGUGAGGAGAAGACCUAGGGCCCCCGGGGGCCGGCCAAACUGACCUCCAACUGUGCUUCAUAACACUAACUCCACUUUACUACAGACUGAGAGACAGAGACGAAUGGAAGCUAAUGGGAGACUCGCUGCAGGGGGACGCAGAACAAACUACAGAAGCGUGGCGGAGGUUUACAGAGAGCUGCUGCUCGGGAGAUUAUACAUUGGGAUUACUGUGACUCUGUAGAGAGGAAGCCGAGGAGGGGUCACACAGAGCGGACAGGGAGACGGACAUAACCAAAGUCUGCUCCCUGGGCUCUCUGUCUUCGUGAGAAUGAGCUGUCCAUUUCUCUCCCGAGAUUCAACUUCCUCUUCCUUUUAUGUAUGUGCCAUUUGUCGGUCAUCCUCUGCAUUGACUUAUGAGUUUCCCCUGAAAACAGAGAACUGGGACAGUCUGCUGGGGGAUCUAAACUCAGAGAGGAUGACCAUCACAGAGUGGAACCGGAGUUUUUGGAAACAUUUUGUGUAAGAAUCAUGUAUGGUUAUGAUAUGUAUUAUAUACAGUGCUCCUUUUGUUCUUAAAAAGGAUGUUUAUGCUUAUGAGAAGAGCUUAGCUUCUCCCAAAGUGCCAUACGUAUGUGCACUCAAAAAAAGCUAAGCAAAAACCACAAAAAAGUACAAAUUACUAAAGAUGCUGUGAUCUAUGUAAUGUCAUACUGAAUCAUGGUGUGCCGUGCUCACGUGUAGAGAACCAUCCGGCAGUCACGAUCAUGUCCCGGUCACGUUGGUGUGUGAAAGUGUUCGUGUACGACUGAAGUCCUCGUGACUUGUUUGUUUGUCAUUCAAAAACAUGCUGUAGUAAAUCAUUUGGAUUCCUUUUUUGGGAUAAUGGUCGAAAACCCAACACAUCACACUGUGCUCUCAAACUCCAAUAAAACAAACAGCUUUGUUUCUAUACACAGCGUGCGGGUCAGAACCAUCACUUCCUGGUUUCAAACUCAAAAAGGACUUACACUUUUCAAUUUAUUGUUGUACAGAGUGGUCAGUGCAAAAUGAACUUAAAAAAAUUAAGGCUUGUAUUCAACUGUAAGUAAUGAAAGGAAGCACUCAGUUUAACGCUACUAUGAUUUGAUUU